AUGGAAUCUCAAGAGGAACGCCAACAGUUGGAGAUCACCGCGCUCAAGAGUAUAUACGACAAUGAUUUCAUUGAAUGCCCCCCUCCAAAGGUUUGGAAGGUAUGUUUGCCUUUUCACUGGUCGGGGCGACAUGGACUACCAGAAUUUAUCAUCAAGGUAUCCCAUCCCGAGUAUGCCAACACGAGUGCGGAUGGAGACAUUGCAUCUCUCAGAUUUCCGAAGACGUACCCUGCGAUAGCAUGCCCUAUAUUCACCACACAGCCACAUAUUAUGGGUAUCCAUCCCACCAUCAUCGCGCAACUCUCGAAUGCCAUUCAGGCUGAGGCGCAGCGCAUCAAGGGCGCGGAGAUGGUCUUCCAGAUCGUCACCUUUGCACAAGAAUGGCUCGCUGCCACUGUCAAACCCGGCGUCAAGGUCGUUGGGUCCUUAGCAUCACAAAUGCGCAUGCGCGCAUCUGCAGAAGCUCUAGCAAAGAAACAACGUGAAGAGGAAGAGGCUGAGCUUGAACAAGAGCGUGCGGCUCAGCGUGCGCAGGAAUUCGAGGAGGAAAUGCGAGCAGAGGAGAUGCGAGCGGAUGCCUACAAGCAGCAGUUGGAGAGAGAACGGUCCCAACAAGCACGCCAGCGGGCAGCGUCUGAUGCAACGGAGAUACCAAACUCCGAAGACAUCACUUUGACUGAAUCUUUCGGUAAGGUCAUCGAAUGGCAAGGCGUGAGCUUCAGCCGGGUCAAGCUAUUCCAGCCAAGACAAGAAUGUCUGGGUACGAUGUACCAAGCCGAGCCCAUGUGCGAAGAUGCGAGCAAGGCGCUCCCACUCGAGCUGCUCUCCAUCACGUUCCAUGCUCAGUAUUACACGACCACCCAAGGACGGAAAAAAUUGCAGACCGUCGAGACCGAGAUUCAACGUCUCGCCAGUAUCCGCCAUCAGAGCCUCCUUGCAGUAUUAGCUGUAAAGCUGACCACCCCGAGCUCCAACGGUUCUCUGCGCCUAGUCAUCCUGUCUGAGAAGCGCCCUACGGUAACGCUCGAAGACGUACUCGAAGACUGUGAUUGGUUGCGUGAGGACCGUGCGUCUGACUACCUCUUGCAGAUCAUUUCGGCAUUGCACGCAGCGCAUGCCAAUGACAUCGUCCACAGGGGCUUGUCUACCAAGUGCAUUGGUCUCGCGCCACGCGAAGAGGGCGGCCCAUCCAAGAUUGUCAAGGUCUUCAAGGCUGGCUACCACGUCCGCCUGUUGGACUUGCAUCGGUCUGAUCCCUUUGGUUUCAACAUGGACCCGAAAAUCGACGAGGUGCAUAUCCCCGAAGGAUGGCUGCUACAUGACACGGUGGAGUCACCCCUGGUGUACACGCGCAGUCGCGACAUUCAUGCCGCUGGUAUUGUUCUACUGCAAAUGCUGAUGGGCCGGGAUGUCACGGAGCGCUUCCCAGAUGUCCACAUUGCGUUGCGAAACUCGACUAUAUCACCCUCUCUGCAACAGCGCGCGAUGUGUAUGCUCGUUCAGAACAAGAAGCAUCCUGUGUCAUGUCUUGGCCUCCUCGCCGACAUACAGGGCUCAGCUUCCGUGCGCACACCAGUGCCGAAGACGGCUACGUAUCAGCCUUUCAAUGGUUCUCCGGAGACUGAUUACUUCAGGAUGCCGCCACCAAGAGCUCGACAUGCAAGCAGGUGGAAGGAGGACUGGGAGGAGCUCGAGCUUUUGGGUCGCGGAGCUUUUGGCUCUGUUGUGAAGGCGCGAAAUAAGAUUGACAACAGGAUCUAUGCAGUCAAGAAGGUCCGGCUGCGGGCUACACAGAGCGACAACAAGAUCUUCCGAGAGGUCAAUGCCUUAAGCCGCCUCAACCAUCGCUACAUUGUUCGAUAUUACACCACGUGGGUCGAGACUGCAGAACCCCCCUCUACUGCGGUAACGUCCGAUUCCGACCGCGACUCAGAGACUGCCGACGGCAUGACCUCCGUUCCCCACUCGCAAUCCACUUCAAGAGAUGGUGGCUCUGGCGAUCCCUUCAGUAUCGACCUGGACGAUCUGGGCUCUGGAAGUAGACACUCGUUUCCGAGUAUCCAUUUCACACGCUCGCGUUCCGCGACCCUCGAUGGGGCCAGUGAUGGGGCAUCGGGCAGUAGCUCGGACAGCGAAGGAGCGUUUGACAACCUGUUUGGUUCAAACAGUCGCUCACGCGCUACAAUGCCGCCGCCGGAGUUCGUCGAGCGCCAGACCCUGAAGGAGCGUAUCGACGAGGGGAUCACGGAAGAAGAAGCAUGGCGCCUUUUUCAGCAAAUCGUCGAUGCACUUGUCCACAUGUCAAGCCUAGGCAUUCUGCACCGCGACAUCAAGUUGACAAAUAUCUUCAUUGGUGAGCAACCUCGAUUUUCUCACGGCAAGGGUGAUUGCAAAGUAGUUGGCGAUUUCGGUUUGGCAACCUCUAGUCUUGCUGCGGUCGAUCCUUCAGAUGUAUCUGCAGCACCUACGAACGAUGCAGACAUGACGCUUGACGUCGGCACCAGACUGUAUAUCGCGCCAGAGGUGCAGUCGUCUAAAGGAGGCCCGAGGAACCACACCAAGGCGGAUAUGUACAGUUUGGGCGUCGUGUUUUUCGAGAUGAACUACAUGUUCCCUACAGGGGCGGAACGAAUUGUGGUCCUGGAAGACUUGAGAAAGCCUAGUAUUCUAUUUCCGCCUACCUGGGAGCUGCAGCGCGCCAGACAACGACAAAUCAUCACCUGGCUCCUCCAACACAACCCGAAUGACCGCCCGACUGCACUGGAACUGUCACAGAGCUCCCUUCUACCGCCACGUCUUGAAGAUGAUUACUUCAAAGGCGCGCUCAAGAUGAUGACGAAACCGAACUCACCUCAUUUGCAAUCUAUCCUCUCGUCCCUGUUCAACCAGCCUGCGAAACCGGUUCGAGGAUUCCUAUACGAUGCUCAAGCAGAACUGCCGGAGCAUGCCACACUCAAUGGCAAGGUGAUCGAUUGUCUGGUCGACAUUUUCCGACUGCAUGGGGCUGUCAGCAUGGAGCCACCACUCUUGAUGCCUGUUGUGAAUCCAGAAGAGGACCGAAAUCGCGCUGUAUUCCUUGAUCGGCACGGAGAGGUCGUAUCGUUGCCUAAUAAUGCUCUAUUGCCAUUUGCGCGCCUAGCGGCACGGGAGAACACCAGGAGAAUCAAGCGAUAUCAUGUUGGGGACAUCUACCGUCCAAACGUCACUGCAGGGCAUCCACGAGUUGCGAAAGCCGCCGUCUUCGACAUCAUCUCUCCUGAUGUGGUGACGGGGCCGAGUGCGGCGGCUGCAGAAGCCAUUGCCAUAAUCAGCGACUGCCUCAAUAACUUUGCAAAUCUGGGGCAACUGUACGAGAUCCAUAUCUCACAUUCAAUGAUUCUCGAGCUCACAUUAGAUCGAAUCUCUCCUGGACAUCGGACCUCGGUGACCGAGAUUCUGAAUCAGACCAAGUCUUCGCAAUCACAAAAGCGCUCCAUGUUGCUUCGUAAAGGGAUCCCGAGGCACAUUGUGGAUGAACUCGAAAUACUGUCAGAGACGGACGAGAACAUGGACGCCCUGUUGGGUAGACUCGAGAAGAUUGCGCCUACUCUGGUACAAUUGCUGACUCCCUACGUCCAGGAGAUUCAAAACACGAUACGUUUCGCCAAUGCGGCUGGAGUAUCGCGACCCAUCUUAUUCAACCCGCUCAUGAUGAGCAAUCGUAACCCAUACUUCAAAGAUGGAGUCUGUUUUGAGGUGGUGCGGCGCACGAAGCACUCGGAUAUUCUGGCUGCAGGCGGCCGGUAUGACAAUGUUAUCACUCGCUUGACGCCGCCAAAGCCCAAGGCAGAUGCAAUAUGCGCUGUUGGCGUGCAGAUUGCUCUGGACAAGAUCACUUUUGUCCUUGCGGCUUUCCAAAACGCGUCUGUGAAUACAUUGCUGAAAGAACAACGUUCCUUCGGAUACUGGAGUCCUCGUCGGUGUGACGUUUAUGUAGUAUCGUAUCAGGCCGGCUUUCUGGCCGAGCGCUUAGAAGUCGCAUCGCUCCUCUGGCAACACAACAUUAGCGCCGAUGUGAUGUAUGAAACGAGCUUGCCAGACAUGGAGAAUGAAAGUCAUAUCGAUGUAUGCUACCGCGAAGGCAUAUUGUUCAUAGUCUAUCCUCGACCGCGAUCAAUACGGCGAGAUCAGCCUGCUUUCAAAGUGAAGAGCGUACUGAGGGGCACGGAGUCUGAAGUUGCAAGACACGAGCUUGUGCCAUUCCUGCAACAGCAACUUCUAGAACAGAAGCGUGUUGAUGCCUCCAUUUCUGGUGUACCUUCUAUCGGCAGCGAGAGUUCUCCCGGGUUGAACAGCGCCAAAGAGACCACUAGUUCCGCUGACGUCCAGCUCGUCGUGCCCAGUGACAUCAAGAAGCAACGAAAGUAUACUAAGCAGAUGUUCACGGACAGAGCUUUCGAUGCAGCGGUCCAAAUUAAGAACGCCGCCAUUGCCGGUAUGCCCACGCUUGCGGUCGAUGUACCCCCUGCAGUCUUUGACGACAUGAUCAAGAGCAUGAACUGGAUCACAGACGAGGACGCAUGGAAGACUCUAGCAGCGACCUUUCCAUCUCAGCAAGGCCCCUAUGCCAACCAAAUACGAGACUCAGUACUCCGGCGCAGAAUGGACGGUCAUCGUUUUCUCCUACUUUUUGCGGUGAAAGAGGAACGUGUUGCUCUCUUGACGCUUCAUCAACAAUAG